AUGUCGGUACCAGCUGGCUGCCCGUCGAGCAAUAAAUCGCCUGCAGGGCCCCCGGGCAUGGCGAGGGAUCGGGAUGAGCGAGGCACGCGAUACCUCGCCGACGACCACCACCGUGAAGACGAGCGCCGCCAUCGACGACGGCACAAAUCCCGCGACCACAGCGACGACACCAGACGUGAACGACACAAAUCCCGCGACUACGACGACGAGGCCAGGCGGGAACGACGAGAACGCAGACGCGCCGAAGAGGCACGGCGACAGGCAGAAAUCGACAUUGAUGAUUUGAGAGCGCGGCGAGAAUCCUACUACAGCCGGGGUGAAUCAGACCGGCGUGGUGAACGCAUGGCACAGGAACGACGCAUGGACUCGGCAAAGGAAAAGUCUCGCAGCAGUCACCGUGGCGAACUCAGGCGAGAUGGCUCACGCCGUGUGAAGCGAAAGGAGGCCGUGGAGGAGAGAAGUGAUGACUUUGUCUAUGGACGACCCAAGUCAAGGGGCGUGGUCGAAGACGUCAACGUUCGAAGGUCUUCUGCGCUCAGGAGGAGUGAGGAGGGUGGAUCCUCCAGGACAGCCUACAGUCCACGGUCGGGCUCCGGAUCUACUUCUGGUCGCAGGAUGGAGCUGCCAAAAUUGAGCAGAAGUACAUCAAUCCGCGAACAGAGCCGUGGAUUCCUGUCAUCGAGACAAUCAGUGCGACGUACAAGCAACGUAAAAUCGCCGCCGUCACCCGCACCAGUCACCCGCACACAGUCUGCCAAGGAACCUUCUCGAAAAGGGGGCAUUCUAGCAAGCUUGUUCCGGCCUCCCCAAUCGCGAACCCCUGUUGCCGCCACACGCAAGGAAGUCCCAAGAUUAGUUGACUGUCUUGUCUGUAUGAACGAUGACCUGCCUGUCAACAAGACCGUUAAGCUUGCCUGUGGCCAUCGCAUGUGCCACUCAUGCUUGAAGCGCCAAUUCACCCUCUCUGUCCAAGAUCCCCAGCACAUGCCCCCCCGAUGCUGCACGACAGAGCAUAUUCCACUCAAAUACGCUGAGCGAUUAUUCGAUGAUAAGUUCAAGAUCUUAUGGAACAAGAAAUACCAGGAGUAUACUACGGCAAAUCGGCUUUACUGUCCUUCCAAGGGCUGCGGACAAUGGGUCAAGCCUUCACGGAUUCGGAUGGACCUCACAUACGGCCGGAAAUAUGCACGAUGUGGCUCCUGCCAGACUAAAAUAUGUGUUCUCUGUAACAGUAAAUUCCACACGAGAAAGGAGUGCCCAAAGGAUGAGGAGACCAAUCGCUUAGUAGAGAUGGCCAAAGAGAAAGGCUGGCAGAGAUGCUACAACUGCAAGGCUGUGGUGGAGCUAAAGGAGGGAUGCAAUCACAUGACUUGGUAA